AUGUAUGGCAACAGUCCCGUUGAGGCCUCCACUGCAAAAAAAACCGUGUGGACCUCGAACUGCGUUUUUCACCGGUGCAACACGUCACGGUGCCCUUGUGGACGCUACUUGCUCGGCUGCUGCCUCGAUCAAGGGCAAAGGAUGAAGUCCGACCUUUUCGCACAAGACCACUAUCGGGUCCUAGGCGUCGAUCGAAAUGCCACCCACGGAACCAUCCGAGAGGCCUACUUGCGGCUGGUCAAGAAGCACCACCCAGACGUCAGCAAGGGCGCCCAGAGCGAAGAACAAUUCAAGGCGAUUGCGUCGGCGUGGGAGGUGAUGGGGGACAAAUCCAAGCGUGCGCUAUACGACGAGAGAAUGGCAGACCCCGCAUUUCGACAUCGGACAGAGUACAGGCAGCGACAAGGGGGGGGCCCGGAAGGGGCUCACCGCAAUGGGGGUCGAAGAUCAUACGCCCCACCACGGGGGCACACCCGAAUGCCACCAAUUUUGCGGGCUUUCGAGUUCGCUACACACCCUCGAGUGCUCAUGGUCGGCAUUCCUCUAGCUUGUGUGGGCUACAUGAUUUUCGGCGAUCACGAGUCUGAAGUGCCCGGCAGCUCCGUCAAGGUCGAUGCCUGGCUCAACCCAAGCACCCAGCGAUGGGAAACUCCUGCACCAUGGGAUGAGGAGUUCAGAAAGCGGCGCCACCUUGUUCAAAAGGUUGAUCGAAGCAUCGUGCACGAGGCUGGCAAGAGAUGAUAACGAGCUUCGCGGUGGCCAAACAGCACAUGGUGCAGCGUCGAGUCUUGAGCGCGUGCACGUGUAAUGAGCCGGUUCCGGAAAAAGCGUCGCCGCCGCGUCAUUGCUUGCUACGCAGCUGGCAUGCUAGAAUGGACGCCCUCCGGCUCUGUUAUGUGUUUAGUGCGAUUGUUCUGGCGUUUUGGUUUUCGGGCCGUCGGCAUGAUGCCAUUUUCAAUUACGGCAGUUGAAGGCUACGGCUGUGGAAAGUGGGUAGCGACAACGACAGCGAUCACAAACAGCAAACUUG